UAUUUACCGACAUUGGUGAAGCCUGGAUCCUGAAAAUAGAUGGACCAUGGUGUACAUAACACAGCAUUUGGUUAUGUUUGUGUUUACAAAACUAAUGUGUUUUUAAUAGUGUAGUGUUUUUAAACUCAAAUUUUAAAAAACAUAUACAUUUAUGUUUACAAUAUGAUGAUAUAUCAACCUUGAAAGCUAAUCUCCAUUUCACCAUCACAAUGUCUAUCUAUCCUCGCCUAAAUCCUGGCAUAUAUCGCCCAGAACAUCAGGAGCAGAGAUUAACCCGAGAUGCUAUGAAACGCUACCUACGCGACAGAAGUGACAUGAUUAUUAUCGUUUUACAUGCAAAAGUUGCACAAAAAUCUUACGGUAAUGAAAAACGUUUCUUCUGUCCUCCACCCUGUAUCUAUUUAUUCGGCGAUGGUUGGCGAAUGAGGCAGGAGCAAAUGCUCAGAGAAGGUGAAUCCGAACAAUCAUCGCAAUUAUGCACCUUCAUUGGAAUUGGAAAUUCCGAUCAGGACGUACAACAACUCGAUCUCAAUAAUGGUAAAAAGUAUUGCGCCGCCAAAACACUAUACAUCUCCGAUACGGACAAGAGAAAACAUUUUAUGCUCUCCGUUAAAAUGUUUUAUGGCACUGGUCACGAUAUUGGAGUAUUUCACAGUAAACGAAUAAAGGUUAUAUCGAAACCUUCGAAGAAGAAGCAAUCGUUGAAGAAUACGGAUCUUUGCAUAGCAAGUGGAACGAAAGUGGCCCUCUUUAAUCGUUUACGUUCACAAACGGUUAGCACAAGGUAUUUACAUGUUGAAAAUGGUAAUUUUCAUGCGAGUUCAACACAAUGGGGUGCUUUUACAAUUCAUCUUUUGGAGGACGACGAGAGUGAAUCUGAGGAAUUUCAGGUGCAACACGGAUAUAUUCAUUAUGGCAGUACGGUGAAGUUAGUGUGUUCAGUGACUGGAAUGGCCUUACCGAGGUUAGUGAUCCGUAAGGUUGAUAAACAAAUGGCGAACAUUGAGGCCGAUGAUCCAGUUUCGCAACUACAUAAAUGUGCCUUUUAUAUGAAAGACACGGAACAUUUGUAUUUGGGUCUUUCGCAGGAGAGGAUUAUUCAGUUUCAAGCAACUCCAUCGCCGAGGGAGGCGAACAAGGAGAUGAUUAAUGAUGGUGCAUGCUGGACAAUCAUCAGUACCGAUAAGGCUGAGUAUAAAUUUUUUGAAGGAAUGGGUCCAGUCCGUUCGCCAGUGACACCAGUGCCACUUGUUCACAGUUUGCACCUGAAUGGUGGUGGUGAAGUGGCAAUGCUCGAAUUAACCGGUGAUAAUUUUACCCCGAAUCUUCGCGUUUGGUUCGGUGAUAUUGAAGCUGAGACGAUGUACAGAUGCCAGGAGAGUAUGCUCUGCGUUGUUCCGGAUGUAUCGCUCUUUAGGGACGAAUGGCUUUGGGAUCGUCAACCAAAACAAGUUCCAGUGUCACUGGUGCGAAAUGAUGGUAUUAUCUACGCGACUGGUUUAACAUUCACCAGUACACCAGAAGCGGGACCUCGUCAACACUGUCCUCCUGCUGAAGAAAUUAUGCGAGCGCCUCAUUCUCAUCAUAAUCAAGCAAGUAUGCCACCGAGUAUAGCCGAUGUUCCCUGGAGUACAUAUCCGUCAGCACAAGGUCAUCAUCUCUGAUAAUUCGACUCCCAAGAACCAAAGUUCCUUAAUUACACAAUUUUACUCAAAUUUACUUUAAUUCAGCCAUCUGUGUUCAAACAGUGAAGUGUAAAAGUGACCAGUCUUUAUAGCAUUCGUGACAAGAUGAUAGUUAUCAUAGAUAUUAGUUUCCAAAAAUAAUUUGGAUUGUGAAAUGCAGACCUCCCGAAUUUACAAGUAUACUAGAUGGUAAAUUAUAUGCAAUGACAAGUGGACUAAUUUAUAGAAAGUUAAAUAAACCCAUUAAUAAUAUUAAUAUAGAGAAAACAAAGCCAUAUUAAAAAAUAAACAUAUUAAAAAUAGGACAUAAAGAGUUGAAACAUUUUCGAAGUUGAGAAAAAUUGAGGCUGUUUUCUGCGGCAAUUAAUGAAACAACUGCUGUGAUUUGUGUGUCUUUUUUCUAAAUGCUUUUCAUAAUAAAACAAAAAGAGUUACUAAGGAAUGAAUGUAGUGUGUAUAUUGUAUUUUUAAUUCUAUUCACAGCGAAAAAGUGUGAUCACCCUUAUUACAAAUGUAUGACUUGAAAAAUUACACUAAUUUUAAAAAAUUGAAA